AUGACCUCCCCCGUCUACAGCUACACGGUGCCCACCUUGCUCAAGGGCCUGGAAACCCUAACGCUCAUCCUCCAGAAGGCUGAACAAUACGCCAAGGAGAACAACAUUCCGCUCUCCGACUUCGUCGACGCCCGUCUCUGCCCAGACAUGAGGCCCCUGACCUUCCAAAUCCAAACCUGCAGCAACACCGCCAAGGCCUCCGUCGUGCGCCUCACCGGUGUCGACAACGUGUCCAUGGACGACAACGAGACGACCUUUGAGCAGCUGUACGCGCGCAUCGACAAGACCAUCGACUUCGUCAAGGGCGUGGAUCCCAAGCUGUUCGAGGGCAAGGACCAUGUCGAGUUCCAGACCAAGCUGGGGCCGAACGAGCUGACGUUUACGGGGGAGUCGUACGUGAACCGGUUUGGGCUGCCGAAUUUCUUCUUCCAUUUGAAUAUCGCGUAUGCGAUUCUGAGGCAGAAGGGGGUGCCGAUUGGGAAGAUGGAUUAUUUGAAGUACUUUAAUGCUUAG